AUGGCUGUUGUAUCUAGUAAAAACUACCUCACCCUAUAUAAUUCAUUGGCAACAUUGGAGUGGAUUUAUUUAUUACUUUUUAGAACUCUACAACCACUCAUUCAACGACAUUCUAGUAGAUUAAAAGUAAACAAGCAGGCUGCUGAUAGGAUUGCUCUGAGGAAGCCUUCAUUAUGGCAAUUGAAUGGAGGCUUUUUAAAGUACAUUCAAACACAAGCCUUGUUGGAAUCGGUUCAUAGUUUCUUCGGAAUUACUUCCUCACCAGUCAGGACAACAUUUGGCCAAACUUGUGGACGAUUGUUUAUUACACAUUUGAUAGGAGAUGAUUUACCAACGAAUGAUUUAUUAUCGGAUUGUUUAAUGACCACUUUACAAUUAUCUUGGUCUGCUGCUGAUAUUGUUAGGUAUUUGUUUUAUUUGGGUCAAUUGUGGAAAUUAGAUCAAACACAUCCAAAAGUUGCUAGUAUUUUAAAGUUUUUGAGAUAUAAUGCCUUUUUAGUAUUAUAUCCUGUGGGAAUGUUAUCGGAAGUUUCAAUGAAGAGAAGAAAACCAGUUGUGAAAAAGCCACCCUAUCCUCUUGUGAAAAAGUUCAUGAUUGUAUUCUUCUUCCUGUUUAUUGUCUGUGUUGGAUAUCCAACAGUUUAUUUACACAUGUUAUCACAGAGACGAAAGAGUAUGAAAUGA